GCGAGCGACGAGAACACAGCAGCGGCCGUCAAUGGAUCCAUCGCCGAACACUAACGAAGCGUUGACGGAGACGCGUUUCUCCGACCUAAAACCUCCACUAUCCGAAGAUAUCAUCGAGGCGCUUCUCCGGUCCGGACCCCCCGGUUUCGAGUUCUGUACUCCGGUUCAGGCCGCGACGAUCCCUUUACUCUGCAGCCAUAAGGAUGUCGCCGUCGACGCCGCCACCGGUUCUGGAAAAACCCUGGCUUUCGUCCUCCCUUUAGUAGAGAUUCUCCGUCGUUCCACUUCUUACCCGCCGAAACCUCACCAGGUUAUGGGGGUGAUUAUAUCGCCAACGAGAGAGCUAUCAACGCAGAUAUAUAACGUGGCGCAGCCCUUUGUUUCGACUCUACCAAAUGUGAACUCUGUGCUGCUUGUUGGAGGCCGAGAUGUGAGAGCUGACAUGAAGAUUAUAGAAGAAGAAGGAUGCAAUCUCUUAAUCGGCACGCCUGGGAGGCUCUCUGAUAUAAUGGAACGAAUGGAUAUUCUUGAUUUCAGAAAUCUUGAGAUACUUAUCUUAGAUGAGGCAGAUAGGCUUUUGGAGAUGGGAUUCCAGAAGCAGGUGAACAGCAUUAUAUCUCGCUUGCCAAAGCAACGUAGGACUGGCCUCUUUUCAGCUACACAGACAGAAGGCGUCGAGGAGAUGGCCAAGGCUGGGCUUAGGAACCCUGUGAGAGUCGAAGUUCGAGCUGAGUCAAAGUCGGCAUCAUUGACGAACUCGAAAAUACCUUUUGGUCUGCACCUUGAGUAUUUGGUAUGCGAGGCAGAUAAGAAAUCAUCACAACUAGUGGAUCUCCUCGUCCGGAAUAAAAACAAAAAGCUUAUAGUCUACUUCAUGACUUGUGCUUGUGUUGAUUACUGGGGACUCGUUCUUUCAAAAAUCCCUGCCCUGAAGUCCAUUUCUUUAAUUCCUAUCCAUGGGGAUAAGAAGCAGAAUGCAAGAGACAAGGCGUUGGCUUCGUUUACUAAAGCAUCAAGCGGUGUCCUUUUGUGCACUGAUGUCGCUGCACGUGGACUUGACAUUCCAGGCAUUGAUUACGUAGUUCAGUAUGAUCCACCACAAGACCCAAAGAUGUUCAACCAUAGGGUUGGCAGAACUGCAAGAUUGGGAAAAGAAGGAAGGUCCAUUGUUUUUCUACUGCCUGAGGAAGAAGACUAUGUAGAGUUUAUGCGGAGAAGAGGAGUCUUUUGUCAAGAGAAAAAAUGUUCUGAGGAAGCAUCCGAUGUCAUCCCGAUUAUACGUUCACUAGCCAUGAAGGACCGGGCAGUGUAUGAGAAGGGAAAAAGGGCAUUUGUUUCCUUUGUCCAUGGUUAUAAGGAGCAUGAAUGCUCUUACAUUUUAAGAUGGCAAAGCCUUGAAAUCGGAAAGUUAGCCAUGGGAUAUGGACUCUUACAUGUUCCAUCAAUGUCUGAAGUGAAACAAAAAAGACUGUCCAGUGAGGGUUUCUCACCCGUUGAAGGCGUCCUCAAGUUUGAAGAUAUAAAAUUCAAGGACAAGUCUAAGGAGAAGCAAAGAAAGCAAAACUUACAAGCAAAGAAAGAGAAGCUGGAAGAUAAGAAAAGAGAGAGAGACAAGAAAAACUCGAAAAAGGCGGUUAAUGCUUCUUCUGCUACGGCAGAUUCUAAGAAAAGAAAGCUAACAGGAAAGCAAAGACAAACCAUCCAAACAGCUGAAGAUGAAGAAGAGAUGGCUCGAGAUUACCGGUUACUGAAGAAACUGAAGAAAGGUUCAAUUGAAGAAGAUGAUUUUGCUAAACUUACAGGAGCUGAUGACUUUUAAUCUCAUGAGAAGAAACACAAAACUUUUAGAGUUUUGAGCAAAAACAUCUCCCUUUUUUUCGUCCCAGGACAUAAUUAAUAGUAGUACAAGUAUCUCUUAUAUAUAAGAAAGUGUUUUUGCAUCUUGA